AUGGCAGUCAGACUGUGUGAUGUGGCUUCUCUGCUUAGAAGUGGUUCGUGGGCGGCAGAGCCUUGGACUGGGGUCGGUGGCAAUUUUAAUUGAAUUCAUUUGGCCAAUAAUGCUCAUUGUCUCAGGCCAUACCAAUGACUAGGUCUCACCAACUUUGGAUGCGUUUAAAUCUUUUAUUUGCCAGAACAGUCUUUCUGUUCAAUAUUAGGCUAAUGUACUGUGAUUUUUUUUCAUUUUGGGUACGAAAUACUCCAAGUAGUCUGUCUGCAUUGGUAUGGUCUAAAACGGUGUAUUGCCACUUUGAUUAUAACUGUCUGAAUGCAUGCAAUUUGUAUGUAGUAUAGCACCUCUUAGCACUUAACUUUUAUCUAGCCUAAAUGAAUGACUAUUCAGUUAGUUCUUGAAUGAAACUGAUGAAUUGUGCUGCCUCUGACUGGACAUGUUUGAGUAAGGAUAUCUUCAUACUUGUUGGGAGAUGCAUCAAAUUGUAGCUUUGUAGGAUACAUUUACAGAGCCUAUCCCCUUAUGCCUUUGUUUUGUAGUGCCAGAAUUCCCACGGUUGUUGCCUAGCCUAGUUUCAUUCUUAAAUCUUUGUCUUCACAACACUUGAAUGAUGCCACUGUGGAGUAGGCCUACUGGAUUUCACCCAGUUUGCCUUUGAAAGAUCUUUAUAUAAAUGCAACAGAGCAGUGCAUCUUCUCACUUUAGUUGAUCAGUGUUUGUUUUCUGCCAUCUUGACAUCAGCAAUUAAAUUUAAUACCGUAUUUUCCGCACUAUAAGGCGCACUUAAAAGCCUUUAAUUUUCUCAAAAAACGACAGUGCGCCUUAUAAUCCGGAGCGCCUUAUAUGGAUCAAUUGGUUAAUUGGUUGAUCCAUACUGGUUGUACACGGCGCUCAAGGCGCUCUGUCAAAAUGUUUCAGUAUGAAAAACCAAUAAAAACAAUUGAAUAAUAAUGAAAUGUUUCAGUACGACUGGUAAACUACAAAGCCGCACCACUUGCAGCAUUACGGCUACCGUAGUCAGUAAACACCGGUACUGUGGUUACUCACAGUCCCACACCACUUGUGUGUGUAUAAAGACCCCAAAAUGGCACCUUUCAAGAGACACGCUUACGACGCAGAGUUCAAGCUCAAGGCUGUCGGUCACGCAGUAGAAUAUGGGAAUAGAGCAGCAGCGAGAGAAUUCAACAUUAAUUAAUCAAUGGUACGGAAGUGGAGGAAGCAAGAAGAUGACCUGCGCCAAGUAAGGAAGACUAAACAAAGUUUCCGUUCAAUUCGGACACUGAAGAAGAAGAAUUCGAGGGAUUUGUGGACGGGGAAAGCUUUACGUGUUAUACGUAACUGAACAAUGUUGAGUUAUGCACUAACGUUUGAUUUAGUGGUAUCAGACUGUUUCUUUUACUACGUGUUUACUGAAUCAGGGAAAAGUUCCCCUCCACGUUUGGGAGAAGAGUGAGCAAGGCUGGGAGAUAUUGUUAAUAUGCACAUUAACGUUUGAGCAACGUUACCAUGGGAGUGAACGGAGUUGUCAGAACGCUUAAUAAAGUUUGACUUUAUCUGACUGUUUUGUUGACAUUCCCUUUAGCACACCUCCAUCUAGUGGAUGCAUAACGCAACCCCAGUCAAACGUUUGACUUCAGUAUCUUCUAUUCUAUCCGCUUUAUAAUCCGGUGCGCCCUAUAUAUGAAAACAGUUCUAAAAUAGGCCAUUCAUUGAAGGUGCGCCUUAUAAUCCGGUGCGCCUUAUAGUGCGGAAAAUACGGUAGUUUAUUUUCUCAUUAUCCUCUUAAGAGGAAAGGACAACUGCCUGCAGGAGCAGUAACCAUGUUGGUGUCCCUUUCUUUUGCAUGACAGUGCAGACUUAACACAUCUCAAAAUUGCACACCUAUUCAAAGGUAGUCUGCUCACCUCCGACUCAUAUUUGAGAGGAUAGGCUAGUAUAAAAAAAAUUCUGGACCGGGCCAACUGAACUGAAGCUUGUCAUGCUUUGGGUCUUUUUUCAUGGUCCCAUCCCUGUGAGAAUGAAGGGAGAAAUUAUUUUGCUAAAAGCAGCCUGAAAGUUUAUUUCACCUCAGCUAUAGUCUCAGGAGAAGUGUAAUUAUAUAAUGUAUGUUGCAAUUCACUGGUCUGGGAGGGCUGUAUUCUCAAAGGUAUUGUAUAAUUAGGCCUAAUGGUAAUAAUCUAUAAUACUCAAUGAUAACUAGCAUAUUGUUCAAUAUCCUUUAUAAUAGUUUUUCUCACACUAAUAGGCUACACAUAGUUGGUGUUCAUUUCAUUUAAUUCUGUUGAGAAUUUUAUGUUUCAGGUCAGUCUGACCUUACUCUUCCCAAAAGCGAGAGACUGUAAUCUUGAUAAAAUGGUGUCAUGGAAUGGCUUCAGUUAAUUGUGAAGAGCAUCCUUUUUAACUAUCCAAUUUUGGUCUGCUUCAUGUUUGAUGUAUUAGCAUGUGGUCCUGACUUGACUUUUCUAUCUCUUUAGCAGGUUAUUGCUGCCAUGGAAACACAGCUGUCCAAUGGGCCCACUUGCAACAACACAAGCAAUGGUCCCUCAACAAUCUCAAACAACUGCUCCUCUCCGGUAGAGUCAGGGAAUAUAGAGGACAGUAAAACUAACUUGAUAGUCAACUACUUGCCUCAGAACAUGACCCAAGAAGAGCUCAAGAGUUUGUUUGGGAGCAUCGGGGAAAUCGAGUCCUGUAAAUUAGUUCGAGACAAAAUAACAGGUAAGGUAUGCAGAUGCCAUUGA